CGUCCUUCUGUAAGCCUUACAUUUCGGGGGGUGUGAUUGUUCUGGUUUCUUGGAUUUAAUCACUGGAAAUUCUGUUCUAAAUAACAACACAGAAACAUGUGUUAAUAUUGUUUUUAUUUUCCUUUGGUCAGUUUAAAAUAGUGAGGCAUGUCGGUGGUGAAGGCCGGGGUCCUGGAGGGAUCGUCAGAUUCCGAAGAGGAGGUCCACGUCUACAAACUGAAGAUCCACGACACGGAUGUCAAGGACGCCGGGGAAUGGAGAGUCGAGGUCGCCGACAAAUACGGAUCUACGUCCACGGCCUGUAACCUAGCCAUCCGCGAUGAUCCUAAACCUAAACCAUCUGUUACCUACGCGGGAAAAGUCAGUGACAUGGGUGAUAACUCUGAGGAUGAAGAGGUCCAUCUCUACAAACUGAGGAUCCAUGACGCUAAGGCUGAGGACGCUGGUAGAUGGCGCUGUGAGGUUGAGGACAAGUAUGGUUCCGCUUCAUCCUCCUGCAAUCUUAUGCUUGAUCCCUAUAACAGACCUUCACGGCCUAAAUUCGUGACCUACCUGAAGGACCAGAAAGUGGAGGAAGGAUUCAGUGUCAAGUUCCAGUGUGUCGUCACCGGAAAUCCGGUCCCUCGAAUUGAAUGGUACAAGGACAUGGAGCCUGUAAGCAAGUCCAGCUUUGUGUAUACGUCAUACCGAGGGGACGGUACUGCAUCACUCCAGCUGUUUUCGCCUGUAGCAGACAGAGACAAUGGAACGUAUCGAUGUGUAGCGAGAAAUUCCGAAGGUUCCAGUUAUUCCGAGGCGAUUCUAACUAUUCAUAAGCAAAUAACGAAUGCCGACCUAAGGGACCAAUUCUCCAUCAGCCGCGCGAGGACAAGGAACGAAGAUUUAGCAAACUUCACUGGACACCACGUCUCCAAGUUCCAGACGGCCGAGCGGAUGAUGCUGAAGUCAGAUCAGUACACUUUUGAGACUUCCCCUCAUCUGAAAAAAUCGGAGCUAUAUCACCUUGAUUCCCAAUUCAAGGGUCACAGAAAAUCGGAUCUGUAUAGCUCCAAUGCUGGAAGAAGAGCAAAGAAGUAUGAAAUUCCAGAUUGGGAGGAAGAGACCUUUGAUAAAAGAAGUAGUUACAACAUUGAAAAUGACUACAGUCCAAGGAAGCGUUACGGCGAUGAGUAUAAGACCGAUUCGAAGGGAAAAUCUGACGUUUAUAAUUUUGAAAAUGACUACAAAAUCAAAAGUAAAUCAGAGCUAUACAACACCGAUUACCAGUAUGGUGGAAAAAGAGAUAUCUUGGAUGAAAUGGACUAUCAACGGAAACUGGAAUCAAAGAAAACCUACGACAGUUUGACAUCUAAGCGAUCCUUUGACAAAGGAUUUGAUAAAUCUCCAUACUCUAUUGAUAUCGAAUCCAAGUAUAUUCCAAGACGAAGAGAACUCAGCAAAGAGAUAAACCCAGGUUUAAGCUCAAGAGCAAAGGAAUUGUCUAGAGGAAGAUCAGCAGGCAGUGCUAUUGAUAUCGGUAGAUCGAAGUCUGUGUCGUUGGGCCGGGAUGUUAGCUCUAGACUUGUUCUCGAUGACAAGAAAGGAUACUACACUCUUCGCCCCAGACCGAAAUCAGUUUCCUUAUCAAGGGAUCCCCCACUGUACGACAAAAGAGCUAAGUCAAUGAGCGUUGCGCGUGAUUUUGGCAUAAAAUCUGGAUAUGAAUCAGACAAGGAAGACAUGUAUGGUGCACCGCGAUCCCGACCGAAAUCUGCGUCUUUCGAGAGAGAGCUUGACUCUUCCAGACGGACUCGUUCAGCCUCAGUAGCUCGCGAUUUUGCUGUAAAACCGGAAACGACCUUUGAGGAUGAACAUAUAUACAACAAAAGAGACGACAGAGCAAGAUCGAUGUCUUUAUCACGUGAAACAGAUGAGCUCAUUCGAAACUUACGAGAAAGCAGCGUUGGAAGAUCAGAGUUUGCAGACAUCGAGGCAUACAGAGCUGAGCUCCACAACAAGCAAACGAAGGACAAAAGUAAAAAAUCAACUACCUGUAAAAAGAAACAAAGGGGAAAGGAGUUGAAAUAUCAGACGUUCACAAAACACUUUGCGGAUGAGAACAAACCGAUUAAAGAGAUUAAUCCUGGAUUGAGUAUGAAAGCGAGGGAAAUUGUAAACAGGCAAGGGUACCGUUAUACAGUUGAUCGUGAUCUCCUAAACAUUUCAAUGUCGAGAAACAGAAAGAAAUCGCGACAGACUGAGGAUUCUGAAGAGGACGAGCCCAUAGUAAAUGGAUACAGAAAACCAAUAGAGACCCGAGAACCAAAGAGUGACGAAGAAGAAGAACUAUCAAACGAAGCUUUCAAAAGAAAAACCUAUCUUCAGAACCUAGAUCGGUUUAUAAAUCGAGCCAACCAAUCCUUUUAUGACAUCGAGGAUAGCGAGGUUCCUUCGUGGAGGAAAGAGAAAUUGCAAGAUACUGGUUAUGAUUACACCAGCCACAUGGCAAGGAAGAAUAAGAUUGAACUCUUCGAUUUUGACGACAUCCGCACAUCCAAAGUUGCACUUCGUCGUGAUCAACAGCCAAGGAGAGCCCUGUCUGUCGGACCAGAACUAGAACCACCGAAAAGCAAAUCUGCAAACACCAGAUACAACAAGGAAAGACAGGCUCUUCUAAACCUGGGCACGAACUGGGUCAAGGACAAGCCGCUAGCAUUUAUAGAGAGACUGAAGAGUAAGUCAGUGCUUGAGGGAAAUAGUGUCCUUCUUUCCUGCUUCGUUACCGGCAAAGAGCCGUUUGUUGUACUCUGGUACAGGAGAGGAAUCCCUUUGUCUCGCGACGAGGAGGAAAAUUUUCAUAUCAGGAGUAAUGGAGGUUUUCUAAGCCUUGAAAUACCGGUUGCAUCGACAUAUGAUACUGGGGAAUAUGUAGUGGAAGUACGCAACGAAGAGGGAAAGAUAAAAUCCAGCUGUUAUCUCCAAGUAGAACCAAUCUUUGAUUCUCGAGUUGAAUACAAGCAACCGGAAUUCAUCGAACAAAUCCAUCACGUUCACGCUAAGGUUGGACAAGCUGCCACGUUCACUUGCAGAGUAAAGGGUACCCCGAAUCCUUUUGUCAGAUGGUUUAAAGAUGGAAUUGAACUCCAACAAACGGAUAGAAUUAACAUUCAUCAAGGAGAAAAAGGACAAGCAUUCCUUUUGAUCCAUGACACGGUUGAGCAGGACACUGGGUUAUACAAAUGCGAAGCUCAAAGCAUGGCCGGACGUUGCCGAAGUACAGCAAAACUUCAAAUUCUGGAAUCCAUGGCAGAUGCUUUUGAUGAUGUCUCUUGUAACAUGGAAGUAGAGAGAAUCAUAAGUCAAACAAAAUUUGCUAAGGGUGAAGUUGGCGAGGUGUCGAUCCAGAAACCCAAAGCUUGGAAAGCUAGUUUAGAAACAGCAUCAGCAACAGCAACUGCUGAACCAUUGGCAACUCAGAAAGAAACGCUGGAAGCAGAAAAAGAGAGCGGCGUGAAAGAAUCUCCAUUGAAGGCAUCUGAAAUUUUGACGGUUUUGGAUGAAACACUUAAAGCUGGUAAAGUUCCUGAACUAACCCAAAAGCAAGUCUGUCUAACAUACUCCGCGGAGUCUCCUUUUGAAUCCAAAAAGUCUGAACUAACAUUAACAAUUCUUUAUUCACAACACAAUGAACAGUAUUUUACUUCUUUAGCACCACUAGAAAUGAUUCCUGAUCCAUCUGCAUCACUCGCACCUCUAACAGGUUCUGACAAGGAAACAUCAUUUACUUCUUCCUCUACCGAUACUCCUGUGCAAGCACACUCAAUUCCCCUAGCAGUAAGCUCUGAAAAUGAUACACUUUUGGCUAUAUCAGCGAAUCAGUCUUCGAACAACAUAGAACAGGUUGAUGAUCUUACAGCCCGUCAAUUAGACACUAUACAAUCCAUGAAUGAAGAGGAUGGUCAAGGAACAGUCUUGUCAAGUUCUGACCAAGAUAUUGCAAACAAAAACAAUAAAGCGACAAAUCAGUGUCAGGACACCACAGAUAAGGUUGCUGAAUUUACAACCACUCAUUUAUCCAUAAAUCAGGAAGGCCAAGGUACAGUCUUGUCAAAUUCAGUUCAAAAUAUUGCAAGCCAAUCUCAGAACAAAAAAGAAGAUGUUGCUAAUUUAACAACCCCUCAAUUAGAAAGCAUACAACCAAUGAGUCAAAAGGGUCAAGAUACAGUCUUGUCAAGUUCUGGCCAAGCUACUGCAAAUGUAACCAAGGAAAACCAAGAAUUAAUAGGUGACUCAAUUGAACUGUCGUCUUUAAAUAAUGACAAAAAGACAAAUGUUAGUUCCGAAGUCAAUGAAUCGCCGAAAGAAAUUGCUUACGAAACAAAUGCACAGUUUGAUUCAGCCAUUGAUUCAAAUCUUCCGUCAUUAGUCACUGUAUUAAAAUCGGAUAUCGAUGACAUAAAUGUGGUUUAUGACAAGGGAAUAAAUUCAGCACCCUCUUCAGAUCCCAAGAACGUUGGAGCAAUUGUUUCAGCUGAUGAUAUCAAGAGUGAUAUGGGACAAGAGGUCACCUCACCGCUUCAAAUUUCAAGUGAAAGAAACAGGGAUGAAAUGGAGGCUUUGCCUUCUAAAGAUAAUCUUGUAGGCAUUAAAGAAACAGAACAAUUGUUAGAUUUACGUGUGAGCAAUUCGAUCGACUUUGUUGACCAGAAGAACUCGUCAGAGUUGAGUGGUGACAAAAUUGAUGCAAAAAUAGAUAUUGCAGUGCCAAAAGAAACCCAAAGAGCAGAUUCAAAUGCAAUUGUACAAGCAGAUAUUGCUGACAAAACUGCAUCCGAUGUUAUCGAAUACAUUCCAGAAUCUUCCAAGCAGUUGAACGAAGCUGCAUUACCUCCUUUAUCUUGCAACCUUGAAAACGUAGAUACUCUUAGCACUGCACAUGCUACUCUUGUAGACAAAGAAUGUGAUCUUUCUCCUACCAAAACAAAUGACACUAAUGCACUUUCCGAACAGACAACAGCACCAAAAGUAAAACAAGAGAAGAGCACUGAUAAUAACUUUGAAAUAAUAACUCCUAAAACGAUUAAGGGGCAAAAUGCAGAACUGGUAAUAAAUCCCAUUCAGUCAGAAAGUGUUGCACAACAUGAUAAAGAUGUUGAUAGUAUACCAGCUACUGCUCAACGUGUGUCUUCACCUAUUGAAAAGAAAGUAAAACCAACAGAACAAGAUGCAGCAGCCGAAACAUCAAAAACACAGGAAAUAACUCCUGAAAACAAAACUGAAAGCACCAAACCUGCAGCAGAUAUUCCACAUACAGAUGCCAUUGAUGGAAAGAACGUUGCUACUGCUGCUGGCGAUGAAGUGACUGUAACCGAGGUCAAAGAAACUACAACUAUAAAAUCUGAACAAACACAAGCUGAGAAGACAGAUGUUACAGAGGUCCGGGAAAGAAAAGUCAAGCAACAAAAAGAAGCCCCGAUUGAUGAAGUAUCUGUGGAAACAGAAAAGAGCAAAGGCGUUACAGAAACACCCGUGCAAGGUGAAAAGAAAGAAGACAUUACAGAUGGAUAUGCUAAAGCAGAAAAGAAGGAAGACGUUACAGAUGGAUAUGCUAAAGCAGAAAAGAAGGAAGACGUUAAAGAAGAAUCACAAGAAACAGUUGCAGCACUCGCUGAGAAAGAAGAGUCAGUACCUAAAGAGGAGGAAAGAGAGCCCCAGCCACCAACGUUUGUCAAGAAACUUCCGGAAAAAAUGGAUUUAAAAGAUGGGGAAGACUUACUUUUACAGUGUAUAACUGAUGGAUUACCAAAACCAGAUGUUCUCUGGUUGCAUGAAAAGGAAGCAGUCGAGGCCAGCCAAAAUGUUAUCAUUAAAGACUCUCACGACGUUCACACACUGGAGAUAAAGAAAGUAUAUCAUCAAGUUCAUUCGGGAUACUACACCGCGAAAUUGAUUGGCGGAUCUGGCACCUCAGAAGAGGAAGAGGUGUUAUCUUCAUGUAAAGUGUUUAUCUUGUCCAAGCCCCCUGCUGAACAAAAAGCUGUUAUGACAGAGGAAAACAUUCAAGAUAAGGAUAUUAUUCCAGUCGUCGAAAGACAAAUAUCAACUGAUCAAGAAGAGCUGAAAUUACAGAUACCAGCAAGUGUUGAUCUUCAAGAAGUUUGCGAGGAAGGUCAAUCAGACCCGGACAAAAUGCACAUUCCAAUGGUUUCCCCAACAGGGGUCCAAUGCCAUUCCAGCCCUCUGGACAAAGCUAGUAAAGAGGAAGAACUUCCUCCUUCCCAAACCAGUCCCCAUUUCACCCAACCAUUAGAUGAAGAGUUGUAUCCACUGGAAAGAGAUGAGAACGUCCGAAUCCAGUGUGUGGUAGCUGGAGAACCAUGCCCAAAAAUAGUGUGGUUUAAGGAUGGUGAAAAACUAGAGCCUUCCAGUCGUAUUCGUCUAGAAUGGGAUCCGGAUACCAGGAUCGCUAGUGUUCUGUUGAAGAGACUACACAUUCUAGAUACUGGCGAAUAUGAAUGCAUUGUGUAUGGUGAAAAUGGUAGCUACAGCACUAAGACAACACUGCAUGUCAAAGCUCUUGAGAUGCAGAAGGUUGAAACUAUUGACCGUGAUGAUCCUCCGGAGAGUGUUCCCCCUAAGUUUUUCCUGUCCCUUAAAGAUAAAAAGGUGUUCCAAGGAAAGGGCACCACACUAGACUGCGUCAUAAAGGGAGUUCCAGAGCCUACUGUGAAAUGGUUAAGACACGGAAAGGAAAUAUUUCCUCGAUCCGGAAAAUACCUUCUAACUGCAAUUAACCAAAAAUAUAGUUUAACUAUCGAAGAUUUCAAAAAGUCAGAUGAAGGUUGUUACACCGUAGAAGCGAUAAACGACUCGGGCACUUGCUCAUCCAGCGCUUACCUGACGAUGGAAGCGGUUGUUGCUGAAGUUGAAAAAGCACCACUUGAAAAUUCGCCUCCAGAGUUUACAAGUAAAAUGGAGGGAUUAAUGGUUCCGGUCGGGGGUGUAGUCACAUUCAAAUGUUCUGCUUCCGGUUACCCUGUACCAAAAUUCAAAUGGCAGAAAGAUUUGUUGGAUGUGUACCAGUCCAAGAGGAUAACUAUUGAAAAUACUCCUGGAGAAACAACCUUAACAAUCAGUGACGUCACACGGCGUGACGGUGGGAUGUACGUCUGCAUGGCCAAGAACACUUUGGGAAGAAAUAAGCAGACUGUUAAACUCAUUGUUAGCGAUGACUGUAGAGAAACCAGACGCCUUAGUAUUUCUGGAGAAAUUGAUAGGCUUGAUGAGCAAAGUAUUUCCCAGAGUGACUCGAGCAACGAAAUGAACGAAACUGUUGCUAUGGAAACAAAUCCGAAUGUAGUUGAAGAACAGAAAUUGAUUGAGGAAAAGAAAGAUACUGGUUCUGAAAAGGUUGAACAAGCAACUGUGAAUCAGCAACCAGAAGAAGCGAAAACACCGGAGAAAGAAGAAUCAGUUGUUGCAGAAGAUGCAUCACAACCAGAGAACCAGCCUUUAUCAGAAGAGAUUUCUCAAACGAAAGAAGCAAUGACAGAAGAAUCAGGAAAAAUAUCAAAAGUUGAGGAAGUUUCUCGUACUGAAGAACAAAAGGAAGUCGAAGAGGUAGCAGCAAAAGAUGUUCAAAUGAAAUCAGAUAUUUUUGAUGCAAAAACAGAAAUAGACCAGAAGAUGGAAAUACAAGAGAGUCAACCAACCGUCCAAGAAGCACAACCUUUAAAAGAGGAGAAAGGAGAAGAUAGUAGAAUCACUGAAGGCAAAGCAGCAACUGUGGAGGAAGAACCAGUUCAGGUGUCAGAAGAAAAAAUAGCGUCUUCACUCAAAACAGUAGGAUCUGAGGCAGAGGUGUCAUUAAUGGAAAAUAUUGAUUUUGUGUCAGUAGAGAAUGCUUCAUUCAUUCAGAAAGAGCAAAAACUUGCUGAAAAAUCUACUGUUAAAAAUGUGGAAGUUCAAAAGGAUGAAACUGAUGGCCAAAUAUUGAAAAGCGAGAAGAAAACUGCUGAAGAAAUGAUGGCAAGUGCCAAGAUUGACGAUCAAGAAAAAGCUAAGCAAGUAAAUGAAAAAGUUUCAUCUACCGAAGAAAAGGGUAUCGAUUCCAAGACUUCCAAGUCUAGUGAAUCGUUAAAAAUAGAGAAAGAUAAGGUUGCUGAUACAGAAAAGUGUUCAGAUAUUGAAACUUCUACAAGCUCAGCGAGCUCGGCAUCAGAGGAGUGUAGUGUGAAAAAAUCCGUCCAAACAGCUCAAAGCACGGCUACAAUGAAAACAGUUACCGAGGAUGUUGAACUCGACAUAGAUCAUUUGGUUGAACAAGCAGAGACAAUCCUCGGUGAAUCCGUAUCGUCAAAAUCAGAAGUGCAAGAUAUAUCUUUCGAAGAAGUGUUAGCAAAAUCUGUUUUGGAAGAAUCGGUUGCAGAGGCAGCAGGUGAAAUGGAAAAAAUCAACAAAACUAAGAAACGAAGGCUAUCGAAAACAAAGCGACGUUCCAUGAGUUUGGAAUCUGAGGAGGUUACUGAUGAACAGGAUGCGGCUGAAAGAACAUCAACGCCAAGUAAAGAGUUAGAGACUGUGGCAACAACAGAAGUUACUGAGUCGACAACCAAGAAGGAGGUCAGCACGUCACAGAGAUCCACGAAGACUAAGAGUGUAUCUUUUGAGGAGACUGUUGAAACUUCUGGAUCAUCUGAUGCAGUCGGCAGCAGCAGUAGCAGUAAGACAUCUUCUAAAACCAGUUCGAAGGCCACAGUAUCUGAAUCGUUUACAGAAAGUAGUGCGUCUGUAGUUGAGGAAAGUGUUGAGAUCAAGUCAGCAAAGGAAAUGAGUGUCAGCGAAAAAGAAACCACUUCCGAGUCAACGACCGCAAUAAAAACAGAAAGAAGAGAGAUCAGAGCGCUGGAUCGAAUGAUGUCAAUGGAGGACGUGAAAGAUAUUCUAGACGUGGAUACACUUAAAAUGAAUGAAACAAGAGAGGCUAUUGUGGAGCAGAAGACAGCAAGUGGAAAGACUCAAGUACUGGAAGUCAGUGCCAGACGUGUGUCUAAACAGCUGUCUGUCGAGGAGCAGGCUAAGGUAGCCACCCACCGCCACCACCUCCACCACCCCCCGGAAAUCAUUGUCCCUCCUGAGAAUCAGUUCGUCAGUCUCCAUAGCGAAAUUGAACUGACUGUGAAAGUCCGCGCGGCACAUGGCGCCAAGAUCAGCUGGUACCAUGAUGGGCAGCAGGUGGCCGUUACAGGCGAGCAUUACGAGUUGAUGGACGAAGAAAUUCCAGAGGACAAGUAAAGAAAGAUGUCUCGCUGUCUUAUUGAUGUGACACAUAAAUCACCAGCUCACGUGAUAGAGGCUUCAUGGACGAUUGGUCAACAUUUUGUCACGUGUUAGACCAUGUAAUACUCUAUUCAUUGUUUGGUGCUUAUAAUUCUUUCGUUCAAAUUUCAGCGUAUCUACUAGUUACUGAAAGCGUACGAUGUUCAUACUAGUCUUGAUAUAUGUAUGUGUACAACGUAUACUACGCUUAUAAAAAAAAAUAUGUCUUAAUAAUAAUAGAUAUAUAAUCGUUACCCUUUUAUUACACUACAAGUUUGUUGUACACUUGUAUUGAUAUUAUAUUCCCCUUUGUGCCAUUCCACUUAUCCUUUGAUCUUAUUCCUGUCCAAUUAAAGGUAUUGUGAUAGCAGUUACUUCUCAAUUCCAUACACAUGUUCCCGAUAUCAAAAGAGUAGUGUAUUCUUAUGUUUUAUUUUGUUAUUUAGAGUUUCGUUGUUUUGGAAUCCGUUUUCAAUGCUCGUUUAAAGCAAUACUUCUUGUAAAGGGUUUUUUGUGAUACCCAUGUUAAAUAAACUAUGUAUGUGUUUGAAGAUUCUUGUGAAACCCACGUUCGAUUUUCAACAGUUCUUGUUUUUAUAUAUCCAAAGCAUUAACUAGAAACUAAAACUUAUGAUAAAUUUUGUAGCCUGUGAUCCAACAGAUAUCUUGUUUACGAUUUUACUCUCUGGAUUGAAUCUGAAUAAAUACUAGAAGAAAAGUAA